AUGGAAGCAAACGCCGUUCGGAAGGCCUCUGGAAAGGCCUUUACACUGCCCGUGUGUCAGGGGGAUAUAACUGCAAUCACCGGAAACGAAACGACGGAGCUUGCUCCAGGAACGGGUGAAGUAUUUGGACUGUUCGGCACACUCAACCGAACUGGAGUGACGAUUCCUGGCUUCGAGGGUGAACCGAGCCCCAAGCUUCAGGAAGUGGAACUGACCCUCUGCAUCAUGGCGGGCCUCGUGGUUUUGGCGGCCAUCAUUAGCUGUAUGGUCGCCUGCUACUGUCGCUUCCGUCGCCGGAAAACUUGUGAACCGGACGAGCCCUCCGACUGGCGUCACCAGCCGUGCAGCUGCAGCAACCAGUCUCCCCGGAGCGGCAACAAUCGACGGCCCACCGAAGCGCCUCCUCCACCAUCCGUCACGUGCCCCACCAGUGAGCAAAACAAGAAGACAGCACAUCUUCAUGAAAGACAACCGUCACACUGCUACAGUGACGAGGCUCUGUGACACACUUGACGUGAAGCCGCCUGCCAAGAUCUACAAAGUUAUAAGCAACUCGCUCGUAUAGGCGUACCAGGACAAGAUGGUUAUGGUUAAACUGACAGUAGUCAGCGACAAGCCGAUGGAGCGCACAUUAAGAAAAUAAACAAAGUUGGUCUUCA